AUGUCGGCCUACGAUCCAUACGAUGCUCCGCCGCGUGAGCAUGCACGGCGGUACUAUCGAGAGGAACGGCGGGAGACUCGAGAGCGGGAGCCUCGCUACGUUGAAACCCAGGAGACUUAUCAGAGGCCCGCCCGAAAUGAGUUAGUUCCUCGUGCGCGCGAAGACAGCGACUUGUCAAUCGAAGAAGUCCGCCGCGAUUUCCCGCCCCCAGGGUAUGCCAGCAGGGACAUCCGACGAGCCCGGUCUGCAGAGCCUGGCUACUAUGACGAGUACUACGACCAACGCCGCGACUACGACAGCAGGUCGGUAAGAGAGAGCCAUCGCGACCAUCGCUCUUCAAGAAAAGCCGGCAGCAUCUACUAUGAGGAGGAAGAGCGAACCCGCAAGCGAGUCCUGAACCAACAGGAGAAGAUCAUCGCCGCUGUCGUCGGUGGUGUUCUGGCUGCUGGCGCUAAGGAGGUUUGGGAUUGGCGAGAGGCCAAGGAGGAGGGUAGAGUUGAGCCCAACCGAAACUUGGCCGCGACCGCCGCUCUCGGAGCCGCUGGGGCAUUCGCCGGCUACCAAGGAGCCGAGAUGUAUAACAAGCAAAAGGGCAAGGAGGACAAAAAGUCUACGUAUAUCGUUCACAAGGGACGCGACGGCCGCAUGGCAGAGUACUAUUCGGACGAGGAAGACGAUCCCAAAAGCCACAAGGGCAACAAGUCAUUUCUUGAGAACGCUCUAUCCGCCGCUGGUCUUGGCAGCGCCAUCAAGGCCCUGACCGGUGGCAGCGGUAGCGAGAAGAGUAGGCACGGUGACUAUGAUGACUACCGAUCCGAAACAAGGAGCCGCCGCGGCAGCCCAGACUCGCGGAAAUCACGCGGCGACGAUGGUGCCAACCGAAUGCAAAAGGCUGCCAAGGCCUCCCUCGUGGCGGGCGCCGCGGAAGCCUUCCGUGUGGCUAAAGAACCUGGUGGUUGGAAGGGCGAGAAAAUGAAGCGCGUCCUCACUGCUGCUGCAGGUGCCGCCACUAUUGAUGCUGCCCGUGAUCCUUCCAAGGACAGCAAGCACCAUCUGCUAGAAUCCGUCAUCGGCGGUCUUGCAGGCAACCGCCUGCUGAAUGGUCCCAGGAAAGACAUUGAGGAAGACCGCGCGACGGGUAGAAGUCGAUCUCGUUCUCGUGCCCGCUCCGAGACUGGUGGUGCCGGCGGACUGGCAGCUCUGGCCACGGCCGGUCUGGGUGCCCUUGGUGCAAAGAAGCUGUUGGAAAACAAGCGAGACGACUCGCGAGGCCGCCGAAGCAGCUUUGACUCGUAUGACAGUCGAGAUGAGUCACCUCGUCGGCGUCAGCGCAGCCGCAGUCGUAGCGUAGUCGAUGGUGCCCGCCGCAGCCUGGCUAAAAUCGGGAUUGGUAGCGGCCCCGCGGAUGACCGGGAUGACUACGUCGAGGAGACUCGCACCACCCGGCGAAGUCGUCGCACGAGAAGCCCAGACGACAGACAUGAGGACGAUUACACUUCUCGCGGUUACAUGAGAGGUGGGCGUGGCGGAGGGGACGAGUACUACGAAGAUGAUCGGUCAAUUGUAGGGGGCAAGUCUUCACGCCGCAGCAGAUCUCGACAACGCGGGGGCCGAUCGUCGUCAGCGUCAAGCAGUGACCUAGGCGACUCGGACAAGGAUGAGAAGGCGGCAAAGAAGAUGAGAGGUAAGCAGAUUUUAACAUCGGGACUUGCGACGGUAGCCACCAUUCACGCAGCACACAAUGUAUACUCUAGCAUGGAGAAGCGCAACGCAAGACACAAGGCAGUGAAGGAGGGUCGUCUGAGCCCCGCCGAGGCCAAGAAGCUGAAGUCCAAAGCCCUCUUGCAGGACGCGGCCUCGGUUGGUAUUGCAGCACUGGGCAUCAAGGGCGCCAUCUCCGAAAUGCAAGAAGCACGGGAGAUGUCCCAUGAGGUCAAGAAUUUCAAAGAAGAAAAGCAAAGGCGGCAUGAACGCCGCAUGGAACGGCUGAAGCGGGCAAACGACGAUCAUUAUGGAAGGUCACGGGCUGACAACUGGUCUUCCUCAGCUCCGCCUCGGAACAGGAGAUAUGACGACGGGCCCCGCUAUUCAGACGGGAAUCCAUACUCGUCUUUGCCUGCACCUCCUAUUGGGCAUGACGACAGGAGAUGA